CAUAGUUUAUAUUUAUAUAUGUGAGUAUUAUAUAGUUAUUUCUGCAUUUAUAUAUGUAAUAUGGCUUUCAUUUGUUAUUUCAUAAAAACCUGCGUGCAACUGCUUCUCUAUAUUCUGUGAAUUUAUAUUUUAUAUCAAUCACUUGGUUUUGUAGCAUAUAGGGAAAAUGAAUGAACUGUGUACUCUAAGGAUUCAAAAUAGCACUUCACUGUUGUCACAAUUGGCAUGGUGAAGUUGUGAAGGAAUUCCCUUUGGACUAGGUCCACUGUAGAUGGGAGCCAGGGCUAAUGUUAGUAUCUAAACUGCAUUGUUCCCAUAGGACUAUAGGUUUCCUCAAAACUGACAAACUACUAUCAACAGUAACCCUCAUCAAGGACAUUGGUAGUAUUUUAAGCUCAGUAGUUUUCUGCGUACGUUUUAGUGCUUAUAGACUGCAAUUCCAAAUUGACUUGCUCUCAGGGUAUCAUUUAACACCGUUGAUCUAUAAUUCAUUACUUGAGCACACCAGGAGAGACAGUGUUGUGAAUUGCACACUGGUAAGCUACUUGGUGAAACCAUGCGUUGUAUUUUUAAUGUGUUCAAUUAUAUUUAAGAUCAAGUAAGUCUUAGGUUUGUGCCUGGUUUUCUUUGAAAGUAUGGAUUGUUAUCUGAGGAUUGCAAUUGAUGACGUCUUGAUACCAUAUUAAUAUGUUUGCGGCCGCUACCAAGAGCUUUGUCAAGCAAGUUGGAGAUGGAGGGAGAUUAGUCCCUGUUCCAAGCCUCAGCGAGGCUGACAAAUACCAACCUCUAAGUCUGGUGGUAAAAAAGAAGCGAUGCUUUCUCUUUCCUAGAUAUAAAUUUACCUCAACACCUUUUACACUGAAAGAUAUUCUUCUAGGAGACAGAGAAAUUUCAGCUGGUAUUUCAUCUUAUCAGUUACUGAAUUAUGAAGAUGAAUCAGAUGUUUCCCUCUAUGGAAGACGAGGCAACCAUAUUGUGAAUGAUGUUGGGAUUAACGUCACUGGAUCAGAUUCUGUUGCAGUUAAAGCUUCAUUUGGUGUGGUGACCAAACAUGAAGUGGAAGUAUCAACGUUACUCAAGGAAAUUACUACACGAAAAAUUAAUUUUGACCACAGCUUGAUACGUCAGACAAGGAGCAGCAGAAAGGCAGUAUUGUGUGUGGUCAUGGAAAGCAUUCGAACUACACGACAGUGCUCACUGUCUGUGCAUGCUGGAAUUCGCGGGGAAGCCAUGCGGUUUCAUUUUACGGAUGAACAGAAUCCCAAGGGAAGGGACAAAGCUAUUGUUUUUCCAGCACACACAACCAUAGCUUUCAGCGUUUUUGAACUCUUCAUUUACUUGGAUGGUGCCUUUGACCUUUGUGUCACUUCAGUGUCAAAAGGAGGAUUUGAGAGGGAAGAAACCCCAACAUUCACGCUGCUCUACAGGCUGAGGAAUAUUCUAUUUGAGAGAAAUAGAAGAGUGAUGGAUGCCAUUUCUCGUUCACAGCUGUACUUAGAUGAUCUUUUUUCUGACUACUAUGACAAACCUCUCAGCAUGACUGAUAUUUCUCUCAAAGAAGGGACUCAUAUCCGAGUUAACUUGCUUAAUCACAACAUUCCAAAAGGACCUUGCGUACUCUGUGGAAUGGGGAACUUUAAAAGGGAGACGGUUUAUGGGUGCUUUCAGUGCUCUGUCGAUGGGCAUAAGUAUGUGAGACUUCAUGCGGUUCCUUGUUUUGAUGUUUGGCACAAGAGGAUGAAAUAAAAUGGAAAGUGAAUGUAGUGGGUUUUUUUUUUUUUUUUUUUAAAGAUUUUAUUUAUUUAUUUGACAGAGAGAUAGAGAGAGAGCACAAGUAGGCAGAGAGGCAGGCAGAGGGAGAGGGAGAAGCAGACUCUCCACCGAGCAGGGAGCCCGACGUGGGGCUCGAUCCCAGGACCCUGGAAUCAUGACCUGAGCCGAAGGCAGACGCCCUGAAUGUAGUGUUUUAGGUGCAACUGUGCCACACAUCUUUCCAAAAUCAUCCAGGUAUGCUUUGAUGAAUUGUGGCAAAUUAAAGAGGGAGAAGAAAGAGAAAUUAACCUGUCCGGGCAUCAUUUUCUUCAUUUAUAAACGUGGAGAUGAUAAUAGAGUCUGCCCUAUAGAUUAUCAUAAAGAUUAAUAUUACUUAUGUGAAAAAGGUUUAAAUGCAAAAUUCAAAAUAUAGAUGUUCCUUCAUGAAAUCUUCCAGUUACUUUAGAACUAUAUUUGGGAUUCGGCUAUUGUUUUAGAUAACUUUACAUAGUGAUUUUUCUAAAUAUCAAUUUUAUCUUUAAUUGAAUUUUAAUAUUUAAGAAAGACAGGAGGUUAAAAGUGGUGACUUUAUGGUGCUUGAAUCAUUGCCCUAGGUCUGGUAAAAUGAGGAAAAUGUGUUAAUAAUUUAAUAUAAUCCUAAAUGUUUAAUUGUGGUAUCAGAUGAAAAGCACACUGGGCUCAGUGUGGGGUUUUAUGGACACAGUUCACAGGGUGACUGAUAGCAGUAUGCCAUUGUGUGAUGUACACAUGCUCACUAGUUUUGUCUUUAUAAAAACUCAUUACUGUCAUUUUAAAGUUAAGGCAGCUAGGACACCUUUAUUCUUUCUCCUUUGAAUAUGUUUAAAAUAUUUAACAUAUUCAGUUCUGAGAGAUCUUUUUCAGCUACUCUAUAAGACAUCUGAAAUUUUUCAUCGACAAACAGCCUAAAUUAUUAAUUUAUUACAUGCCCUUAUUAAAAUAAUUGCAGAAGUAAUGAAAAUUCUAGAACUCAAAAUGUAGUGACAGCAAUCACUACUCGGUAUAUG